AUGUGGGCGGAAGAUCGCGUGGCGCAAGGCUGGCGAUUGUACGAGGCACGACGGCAGAGCCAUGAGGUCGCCCGGUGCUUGGCCAAGGAGACCGGCGAGGACCUGCAGGCUUUGAGGCGGUCGAAGGGUCAUGUGUCUGAAGAGGUGGCCAAAGAGGUGUUGGCGGAGCAGCAACAGCGGAUAGAGACGUUGAAGCAAGAUGCGCGAGCCCAGGACGAGAAGCUCCUGAGCCUUAGGGCAGACCUCUCCAGCGUUCUCGACUUCAUUGCCCUUCUGGCACGUGCUUCACGAGCUAAGGUCCACCCGGAGAUUCAGCCGAAACGUGGAAGAGCCGAUCUGCAGCAAGUUUUCCAAGCUUUUCCCGAGUACGACGUGCCCGUGCCGACUGCCCCAAAUCGACGCACAGAGAGCCAUCACAGCAAGGAGCCGCCGAAGGCCCGGGACAGCAAGCCAAAGCCUUGCUUCCAAAGCCUCGCGUUGCCCACCGAAGACUCGGAGGAAGCCGAGUGGUCGUCUUGGGAUUCGGCCGAGUGGCGGGACAACCAUUCGGAGAAGCCGCAGCCACCUGGCCGGCGGCUGCACGACCGGCACGUACGACGGCUCAACGAGUUCCGGACACGGCUGGAGGAGCGGCCGCAGCUUCUUGAGAAGAUGGUGGAGAGAAGGCGCAGCCUUAGCCCUUGA